GAGAGAGAGAUACCGGGUGGCAACCGUGGGUUUUGAAGGCAGGACACGUUGCGGGAAAGAGAAGGCAACGCUGAAGGCACAGGGGUGGGGAAUUCUGGGGGCCGAGCUUUGACACCGAGACCCCUGAACAGGCCCGAGCUCAGAUGGGAAAAGGGGGUUGGUGUGAGACGAGGAGGGGGCGUAAGGCCAGAUCCGCAGGAGUGAGGGUUUGAGGUGGGGGAAAGGGAGACUGCCGGCCUGAAGUUAUGUGGGGGCUGCGCGCCGCUGAGAGACAGCCUGAGAGUGGACUAUGUGUCGGAGCCGGCCGGGGACAGACAAUGGCGCUACUUGUGUAGAGAGCAGCGGGAGCAGCAGCAGCAGGGGACAUACAUGGGCACGGAGUGUAUAGGCUGACAGCACGAGCCUAUGAGGAGAGCCGAAGAGAGCGGCGGGCUCACUGUACGGUGGCGGCUACAGGCUGCCAGGAUAGCGGGCCCCGGUGCAAGCUGAGAGGGCUCCCGGGCGGAUUUGGAUGCUGAUUGCAGCCUGACACGGUCGCAUUGGCCCUGCUGUCGCUGGAGAUCGCGCUGCACCCGGAGGGAUGGCUGCCAGGAGUCGCCACUCGUUGCUCAGCGUCCUGCUCGGACUGGUCCUGGGCUUUCUACUCGCCUCCAGGUUUAUCCUGCCCAGAGCGGCCGAGCUACACAGAGCCAGCCGGAGGAGAGCGGGCGCCGGGGGGGUGGCAGGAGGGCAGGCUGCGAGCUGCGGCCGACAAGCUGCAUUGAGGAGCGAUUACAGCGGGGUACUAGGCUGGCAGCAGCAGCAGCUCCACACCGAAGCCCUGAGCCCAGGCGGAGAGGAAGACAUUCCCCGGGACAACAACUUCCUUUUUGUUGGGGUCAUGACCGCGCAGAAGUACCUGCAAACCAGAGCCGUGGCUGCUCAUAGAACCUGGUCAGCCUCCAUUCCUGGUAAAGUUGAAUUUUUCUCCAGUGAAGGCUCAGACACAUCCAUUCCAAUUCCAAUUGUGCCACUGCAAGGAGUGGAUGACUCCUAUCCGCCACAGAAGAAGUCCUUCAUGAUGCUCAAGUACAUGCAUGAUCACUACUUGGAUCAAUACGAAUGGUUUAUGCGAGCAGAUGAUGAUGUUUACAUCAAAGGGGAUCGCUUGGAGAACUUUUUGAGGAGCCUCAACAGCAGUGAGCCGCUGUUCCUUGGACAGACUGGCCUUGGCACCACAGAGGAAAUGGGCAAAUUGGCAUUGGAGCCAGGAGAAAAUUUCUGUAUGGGUGGCCCUGGUGUAAUCAUGAGCAGAGAAGUCCUUCGUAGGGUGGUGCCCCACAUCGGCGAGUGUCUAGGGCAGAUGUUUACCACACAUGAGGAUGUGGAGAUUGGCAGAUGUGUCCGAAGAUUUGCCGGAGUGCAGUGUGUCUGGUCCUAUGAGAUGCAGCAGUUGUUUUAUGAAAAUUAUGAGCAGAACAAGAAGGGCUACAUCCGAGAUCUUCAUAACAGCAAAAUCCACAGAGCCAUAACAUUACAUCCCAAUAAAAACCCUCCCUACCAGUACCGCUUGCACAGCUACAUGCUGAGUCGGAAAAUAGCGGAGCUCCGGUAUCGUACAAUCCAGCUGCACAGGGAGAUUGUGCUUAUGAGCAAGUACAGUAAUGCAGAAAUCCACAAGGAUGACUUGCAAUUGGGGAUUGCUCCAUCUUUUAUGAGGUUCCAACCACGUCAAAGAGAGGAGAUUCUGGAGUGGGAAUUUCUCACUGGCAAGUAUCUAUAUUCAACUGCCGAUGGACAGCCUCCUAGACGCGGAAUGGAUUCUUCCCAGAAGGAGGCUCUUGAUGACAUUGUAAUGCAAGUUAUGGAGAUGAUCAAUGCCAAUGCCAAGGUUCGAGGUCGCAUUAUUGACUUUAAAGAAAUCCAGUAUGGAUACCGUAGGGUUAACCCAAUGUAUGGGGCAGAAUAUGUCUUGGAUCUGCUUCUUCUUUACAAAAAGCACAAGGGCAAGAAAAUGACUGUCCCUGUAAGGAGACAUGCCUACCUCCAACAAACAUUCAGCAAAAUUCAGUUCAUGGAGCAUGAAGAGAUUGAUGCUAAAGAGCUGGCAAAUAAAAUAAACCAGGAAUCUGGUUCCUUGUCCUUUUUGUCCAAUUCUCUUAAGAUGUUUGUUCCCUUUCAUCUCACUGCAUCAGAGGCUGAACACAAAGAGCCCAAAGAAACAAAGGUGAACAUCCUGGUUCCACUCUCUGGGCGAUUCGAUAUGUUUGCCAGGUUCAUGGCCAACUUUGAAAAAACCUGCCUCAUCCCAAAUCAAAAUGUGAAGUUAGUUAUUCUGCUUUUCAACUCUGACUCCAAUCCUGACAAAACCAGGCAAGUUGAGCUCAUGAGAGAUUACCGUGUCAAGUAUCCCAAGGCGGAUAUGCAGAUCUUACCAGUGUCUGGAGAGUUCUCCAGGGCUUUGGCUUUGGAAGUUGGAUCCUCGCAGUUUAAUAAUGACUCUCUGCUCUUCUUUUGCGAUGUGGAUUUGGUGUUUUCCACAGAGUUUAUACAGCGAUGUCGGGCGAACACCGUUUUAGGGCAGCAAAUAUACUUUCCUAUUAUAUUUAGCCAAUACGACCCCAAGAUUGUCUAUGCGGGGAAAGUUCCCAGUGAUAACCAUUAUGCUUUUACUCAGAAGACUGGCUUUUGGAGAAACUAUGGCUUUGGCAUCACCUGUGUCUAUAAGGGAGAUCUUAUACGUGCUGGGGGCUUUGAUGUUUCCAUUCAAGGAUGGGGACUAGAGGAUGUUGACCUUUUCAACAAAGUGGUACAAGUAGGUUUAAAGACCUUUAGGAGUCAGGAGGUUGGAGUUGUUCACAUCCACCAUCCUGUGUUUUGUGACCCCAAUCUUGAUCCUAAACAGUACAAAAUGUGUUUGGGAUCCAAAGCCUCCACCUAUGGGUCGACUCAGCGUCUGGCCGAGUUAUGGCUUGAGAAGAAUGACCCAACUUUUGGCAGAACAAAUGAGUCUGUGAGGACAGCCUAGUAAUCCAGCACUGCUGGGGGACCCUUGAACUUUCAUAAUCUAAUUUAUUUUUUCAAAAUUAUUUUAAUAGUCAAGACUGUAGCGUUUGAUAGAAAUCAUGUCUUUCUAAGAAAAAAAAUGUGAUCAGUAUUUGCCUUUCAGCUGUUGCAAUACGGCAACUUGAAGUCUCAAGAACAAAUCUCUUGUUUUUUUUGUUUUUUUUUAACUGCAUUCCACGUUUUCAGUGCUGCAUUUCUUUGCCGUCAUUGUCAGGACAGUCUUUCUUCUACAACCUUUGCCGAGGCCUUGCAUUGUACCUACAUUAACAUAUUUGCUCCAUUUCGACACUUACAUUCGGAAACCUUACAAAUAGCGACAUGGCCCCUCCUUUAAAUACUGUUGCACAACCUUCAAUGUCCAAAAAUCUUGUGUCUGCACAUGAAGUCAAAUGACACGAUUGUACCCUUCCAUGUUUUCAUUAAUAUUAGUAUGCCAGUAACAGAAUGUUUCCCAUUAACAGAUAUUGCUGGUCAUGUCCCAGGGUAACGUGUGUAAACUGGCGUAGAUUCAUAGUUAACAAAAAGUGAGCCCUUAGCCGACUUUUGUCUGUUUUUUUUUUUUUUUUCUUGUCUUGUCUUCCUUAUGAGUUAUACUUAUUAGUAUUGUAAUUUAUCUGUCAUGUUUUUUCCCCCCCAUUUUGUUUAUUUAAGAAUUUCUUAUGCAUAAACAUUAUGUACAAUGAUGUCCCAAGGCUUUAUUUUCUUAUGCUUGUAAGCUGUGUUUGUGUGGUUGUGAUCAAUCUGUGGUACACUGCAGGAUCUGCCUGUUAGGUAAGCAAAUUGGAGAGUAGCUCUGACUUUAGGAAUACACAAUGCUUCAAUUGUUUACAGAAGGCUUUGCCUGGGUAGGAGCCCUUCACAUAGCAGCCACCUACAUACAUAUAUAUGCUUGUUUGGCCAGGUAGCUAAAUGAGAUCUUUAAAUAUUUAAUGGCCCAAAUAUGCUGAUGUAAAUGUUCAAUCAUUGGGCCAAUAACUGGAAAAGAUGGGGGUGACUGUGUAGUACAAUCAGAGACCUACUUUUAAUGAAUUAAAUUUUUAUAUUGCUAUGCCCGGCCACUGUCUGAAGGACUACUUCCUAAUCUUUCUUAUUUCUAAUUGGUGACUUCUAUUUCUUUCUGCUGGUUGUCUGACUUCUUGUCUCUAAGCAGUCCUGCUCGCUGCCCCAUCCUAUCCUUAUGAUAAGACCAAAUACUUCAACAUUCCUGCAAUUACCAACAACCCUGCCUUUGUCAGAGAUAGCCAUGUAAAGACACUAUUUUCCAAUGUGCCUUACUUGAUUUCUUGAUUUGUAGACAGUCUUUCUCUACAGUGCUCCGGAAUCAUCAAACAUCAUGCCGGUCAUCUAAGUUUCUCUAUUGAGAUGCUACUUGCAAACCAUAAAUAAAAAUUCUGUAUUUUAAUUAUCAUACUUUUUUUUUUUUUAAAUACUGUUCUUUUCUUAAUGUCUUGCGGUGCCUUAAAUAAUCUGGCGCUGAUGUUUAAACCAAAUGCAGUACAUGAGCUCAAAAAAUAAAAUUGAGCUGUCAAUUUUUCAGGUCUCCUAAAUCUCCUUUUUUUCCCAUUUGUAAUGUUUAUAUUUCGGGGUGGGAGUGAGUAGAUACGAACAAAGUUUUUUAAAUUAUUGUUUUUAUUUGACCGUUACAUCCCUCCCAGAGGCACAAUGUCUUGUUCAUGUAAAAUGUUUAAUAAAUAAAAUGUUCACUGAAA